AUGCAGAAAUCUCACUGCAACUCCUGCAACACAAUGCGAAUCCUGGACUUAGCUACAGAAUUCCUCCCUAACAAUGGGGAUCUCGAGGAAUCCCUAUUAAAAAUUGUUGACAGCAGCAAUAAACACUACAUCAAGGAUGCUCUUCGGAAGAGGCAGCUCAUGAAAGUCCAAAUGAAAACUAUCCUUGUUGGUUUGGACGAGGAGGGAUUUUAUACAAAAGGGAGUUUAUCCAACGUUGUUUGUAGCCAGUUUGUUCAGUACUUUGCCAGUGGGAACUAUGGAUUUGUAAAGAUAUUAAAUUGGAAUGAUCUGAUUGAUCAGGAGAUUGAAAGCACACGAGAGCUACUGAAGGAGGCCAUCUCUAUUCUCAAUAAGGUUCAUAAUUAAGCUUACUUACAACUAUCAUAAUUAUGUAUGGACCUUAAGAAUUAGGGAGCAUCUUUUCUCUCUUUCUAUUCAUUUUUAUUUUAUUUUUAUUUAUUUUUGUGGUUUUUCUAUAUUUUUUUCUAUUUUCUGUCCCUUUUUUUUAUUUUUGGGAGGAGUGAGGGUGGGGGUGGGGGUGGGGGUGGGCAGGUGGUCCUUAGGGGCUUAGCCUGCAUAGCAGGCACUAGGAAUUAAUGGGCACAAGAAAGAAUGGGACGCGUGAGGGAGACACGUGACAUGCGUCCCGUUCUUUAUUGCGCCCAUUAAUUCCUAGCGCCUGCUCUAUUAUACCUGUAAAGAGCUGAAAAUUGAUAGUGUACUCUAAAAAGCUUUAGACAGGGAGGCUCAGAGCUCCAAGAUCCAACCCCUCACCCUUUUAUACACCAUUUUUGACAGAAAAGGUGCCCCCUUCGUAUUUCAUCUAUAAACAAAUGGUACUCCUUUCACAUGCCUAAUUACAUCCCUGCUGUGAAUACUCUGUCUAGGUUAAAAGUAUGAAUAAAUCACACAACCAGAAUGUUUCUUAAAAAUUCAUCUGUAAGCCCUUUUACAGACCAAAAUGAAGGAUGUUCCUACCCUUUUAAAUACUUCAACUAGUUGAUUCCCUACCCUUUCAUACACCUAAACCUUGAAAAGGUACCCCUUCUGGAUGGAGCCUCCAUGUAUAGGCCAUCAUAGGGAGUACUCCCCACCCUCUGGGGGGCUGAAACUAAUAGAUAUAGUGCAUUUAAAGCCCAACUAACAAGUGCAGCAUUGAGUAGCACUGAAUGUGAUAAUAAUAUUAAAGGAGGAGAAUGUGACACAAAUCUCUCCACCUCUUGUAUUGUUUUCUUGUAUUUUCCUCUAUAUUAACAAACUGGUUUUAAGACUCAGAUUAUGUAUGGUUAUUACAUUAUAAAUUCUAAAUGGUUAUACCUUGUAACAUAACAUUUCAUUUUCAAUUUUUGCAGUAUGCCCAGCAAAGUGGACAUGAAAGGUGUAAGGAAAUCUUCAGUAUAGUGACCAAGAAUCAUAGACUGAAAUUAGCUGGCAAACAUGGCUGGUCUCAACAAUCCAAGUGUUUAUAUUUGGCAGGAUUUCGCCUUAUAGAUACCAAGGCCUCUUCAAUUUUAAGUGACAUUUGUCUCCUUGUUUACAAACCUGAUUUGAUUCCCAAUUUUCAAGUUGAGGAUGGAGUGGUAGGAGAUUAUGUGGAAACCUCUGCUGUUUUAAACAUUUGCGAAGAUCUCAUCACUUCCCUAAGUGUUUCAGAAGAAGGAAGACAAGAAGCCCAGUGUAUUCAAAGCUGUAUGAAAACAGUAAAUGAAAGUUCAACGUUGAUGUUAAGUGCAGUCCAGUCAUCUUUUCUUUGGAAUGGUAAAUACAAUAUAUUUUUGCAUAAUUUACAUUUUAGUAAAUUUAUGUUUAGGAGACAGCAUGGCGGAGUGGUUGCCAGUUACCUGUGUUCAAAUCCUUGUUUAGUCACUAGCUGCGGUUGUUCUUGCUAUGACCUAAGUUCUAUGUCUCAAUCCUUAAUACAAAGCAAGAUGGCCUUAUCUUACUGAAAUAGGGUGUGUUUGAUUGGCUGUUUCAAGAAAAUGAUAUAUAAAGUAUUAAUAGAAUAAACUCAUCCACUGGGACUUUUGACUUUUGAUUCUAUGUGAUUUCUUGGAAUUUUGACUUGCAAAGGGGUUUUGCCGGAAUUUUGUAUUGAUAUUGACGUUUUCUUUUUAUGAGUAUUUUACUGAAGUUUUGUGUGUAUAAGCUGUUUAUAAGAUUUUAAUAAAGUAUUUUGACAUAUUAAAAAAUAAAUAAAUAAACUCUUCAUUAGAAAUAUCAUUAUUGUUUUGGCAUCCAUUGUAUUGUAUUCUCUAAAAAUCACCUUUAAGUGUUAAUUUAAACAUAUGUUUCGGUACUUAUUGUGGGCCAUAAUGUAAAAAAAAGUUGGUCAGAAGAAAUUGUGAAAGUCAAUAAUAAACCACUGAUCAGUAUUUUUUCAGCAACCAUAUAAUGUAAACCAAAACAUUAAAAGUUUUCAAAAAAUUUUCUCUAUCUUAUUAAAGGAUUAGCAGGCCCUUCUCCUGAUAAUCAAGUUGUUAUUGUUGGCGGAGGUUUAGCAGGCCUUGCUGCCUCAUUGUCGCUGUCUAAGGCUGGGUUUGAUGUGGUUCUGUUAGAGGCUGCUAACUACCUAGGUAGGUUGAUUGUUUUGACCUUUUCUGUGCUUUGAAUAUGCAGUAUUUUACUUAUACCAGUAAUACUGUAAGAAGUAGUUCCAGAAACAGUUUGAAAUUAGUUUCCAAAGUAAGAUACCAUUUUAAAUCCUCUAUUAAGCCCCCUCUCUUAAAAAAGCCUCCCCCCCACCACUUUUAGGUGAAUAAAGUUAAUAAGCCACCCUCCCCCUCUCUUUUAACCCUCCCCUCCCCUCCUAGCAAUGAGAGAUAUUCAUAUUUCUAAUGGGGUGCUUCUUACAAGGUCUAACUUUCGAGUUAUAACUUAAGUAAUAUGGUUCGACUUAUCAGGAGUCAACUGUAAGAACCACCUUAUCAGAAGCUCCCCCAUUAGAAACACUGAUAAAAGUCAAAUGAUUUUAAAGUUUACCAUGGAAUGGGAAUGGCUUUCAUAUUGGGCAAUUCCAGAAAAUAUCCAUACCCAACCACGGACGGCUUCCAUGUUUUAACCCCCCCUUGCCUUCGGAAAUUCCAAAAUGCGCUACCCCCCCAUGCCCUCAGAAUUCCAUAGUCGUGAACCCCCCCUCCCCUUCAGAAUUUCAGGUUUUUUUGGAAGUACAUUUUCGACUUAGCAACACCUAUAAGAACAAACGAACAUGAAUUUAUGCCUCCUCAAGGCUGUGAUCUAGCGGCGCCAGGUGACAAGCUUUACUCUUCAGUGACAAGAAAAACCUACGCUAGUUGCCAGGCCGUGCAAACUCCUUUUUAAGUCCGAAUUUGGCUAUAAAAAUAAACACCACUUAAGGUAAUUUUACUCCUCUUUGUUUUCUUGUGCUGUUUUGACGUUUACAAAGGAAAAUAGCUCAAACAGACUGUUAAAAUCUUUUGGCGGUCAAAUAUACCGUCGAGUCGUGUUGCGUCCUUUUAUACGUCAUGUAGUGCGCACGAAAGGCGUUCUAAUCUGACAGGCAUUCUUGGAAGUGAGGGACUGGUGCGAGUUUUUUACUGUUUAUCGGACGGUUUCGGACGGGAGUAACAAGAAAUUUGCAAGCGGUAUUAAAAGAUACAUUUUCAGUUUUUAUUCACGUGACAAGAAAUUCAUCAAGGUAAAUGUGAAACCAACGUUUUACUGUUCACUUCUAUAAGUUAUGAGCGUAAACACGUGUCUGAUCUAUCGAUGCUUGUCUUCUGCUUCCGCGGUUAUACGUUCGUGGUUUAUUUACGAACUACAAAAGUCCACAACAAUAGCGUUUUCCAGGGACUUACUUUACACUUUCUACUCCAGAAAUCCCACCUGUGGAAUUCCCCCAUACCUUCGGAUUUCAAAUCGUAAAUACCCCCCCCCAUGCCUUCAGAAUUCCAUAAUCGUGAAUCCCCCCUCCCCUUCGGAAAUCCUUAAAGCCGUCCGUGGUAUGGUAUGGAUAUUUUCUGGAAUCGCCCAUUAUGCUAUUCUGCAUCAUUUUAUACAUUUUCAUUUGAUGUCAUCACAGCAUUUGAAUCUGUGUAUAAAAUCAUUCAAGUGAAUUCACAUGUCUUUUGUGGCUUGAUUGACCAUCGUAAAAUGGCGAGCCUCUCUCCAGUUGGAGACAUAAAAAUGGUGUUCCCAAUUAGUUCUUCCAUGCAAAAUACAUUGACACUCAAAUAAAGUGCUUUUUUUUAGUUUGGGCCACCUCGGCUGCCAUUGAUAUUUGGCACAAUAAAUGACCUUAACUGAGACAUUAUAUUUUGUAAUUAUAUAUUUUAAUAGGUGGCAGAGUAAAGCAAGCACAGCCUUUCAAAGGUUUUGGUUCCUUUGAUCUUGGUGGAGAAUUUAUCCAUGGAUCAAACACAGUCGUUAAUAAGCUUGCUCUUGAUAAUGGCUGGCUCGUCCUUCCUGUAAGUACAACAUAUGUACUAGUGACUCUUACUGCCUCAGUUUCUUGGUGCUAUAACCCCACAGAGGGAGAUACCAGUGGCAGGUCUAGAAGAGGUGCCCCCGGGGGUUACUGGGGUAAAUUUUUGCUGGGUAUGUGCCGCUGGCCUCUCAGAGCCCUUACCCCAUUAUAGUCUAUUCUGUGAUCAAUAAUAGAGCCCAUCUUAGUCAGUUAUGGGCAAAUAUGUAAUUUUUGCGAUCCCAGCUAAGUCACUUUCUAUUUUUAUGAAAUUGACCCAUUUUUUAAACUGAAUGAAGAACACUUCAAUUUUCACCUACAGUGCAAACAUUCUGGUACUUUGCAAACCGUAAAUGAAGUAUUGUGUUACCCCAAAAAAUCCGAAAAUGUGCAACCCCAUUCUAGUAACUCUAUGGAAAAUGUGACCCCAUUAGUCAAUCCAGUCAUGAAAAUACCACCCCAUCCAGCAGCACAUUCCCAUUAGCCUCCCCCUCGGAGAUGUGCCCAGGUGAUUUGCCACCCCUUUUUUGGACCAAAAAAGGACCACAAAACCAGCUUAAUUAGGAGAUUUAUCUUCAAUAGCAGGCUCACCUUAUCCAGGGCUCUAAAUAACCUUUUCCAUAUUAACCCUUUAAGCCCCAAGAUCCACAUACAAAUUCUCCAAACUGAUCUCCAUACAUUUGUUUUAAGAAUGGUUCAGAGAAUUUGGUUUAAGAUUGAAGUGUUCUCCCUUUGGUAAUCAGUUUAGUAAUUCUCAUAACCUUUACUCUUGAUGAUCUGCUGAUGAUGUUUGGAGAAAAUUGAUGUUGAUCACUAUUGGGACCUAAAGGGAUAAAGUGGAUGCCAAUGGUGAAAAAAGGCGGCAAUGACGAGGAAAGGGACCUAAAAUCUUAACUGACAGCAAUGGUGCCACAACAUUGCAUGGAGGGGAUGAGGGGGGGAGGGGAAAGGUUCAUUUUCACCUUUGGAAGUCAGUAAAACGUCAGAAAGGCCCUUUAGGGUGCAGUGUCUCAACUAAUUUUGUCGCCAAUUGCAUCUUUUUAAAAUUGAAACCUAUGCCAUUUGUCAAGGCUUGGAUGAGUGCACCCUACCCUCCCCACUACCUCAGUGAUGUUGUUGCCUCUGCGUCCUGCGUCACUGACGCAUAAAAAUCCCCAAAUACACAAAGUAAUUCAUGAUAUAAGCGUUCUGUAGGACGCAAGACCCAUCGAUUGAUGUGAACUUUUGUAUUUGUAGAAACAUCCCAUUUCUGUAAUUUCUGUGAAAGUUAUUAUGGCUGUUGUUUAAUGAUGCAUAUUUUGUUUAGCCUUUGUUGUGCUUUAAAAUAGAAGGACUAUAUUUUAAUUUCGGUAUACUGUAAUACACAGUUUUGGGGUCUGUCUUCAGAUUAACUGUCUGAUUACGUAAAGGCCCAAGCAUUUUCAAUUUCGACUCAUUUGUUCUGGACUAGGACUCAUGAUUGUUCACAAGAUGAGUCCCAGGAUGCACCAUAACUAUUUAUAACAAAAUCACUGCUCAAUGUCUGAAUAUAUGACAGUUGGUCCUCUUGUAUGAUAGUAGCAGAUAAGGCCAAAUGAACCCCCCCCACCACCACCACCCAAAAAAACCAAUCAAACAAACCUAAUCAAAACAAAAGCAUUCCUUAUUUCACUGAAAGUCAAUAAAAGCUAAGGCACUAGAGUCACUAUAACCUUUUGCACCAGACUUUUUAAAAGAUUCAAAACAUCAAAGAGAGUUCAGAAAAUUUGUACACAUGUCUUUAACCCAUUCGCCCUUGGGAAUUUUGGCAAAAGACGCGUUUUGAAGCUAGUCGAGCAGUUUUCUGGUUUCUGUGCUAAAACUUACCAAAAAGCCUUUUGAAGUUCGUUCACUUCGCGGCCCUCUGUACCAAUAUGCAAAAUAAAAGCAAAAUACCGUAAAAUUCCGAAAAUAAGCCCCCCAAACAGGUAACGCAAAAAAUCCUCCGUUAAAUCGCCCCUCCAAAUAUAAGCCCCCCGGGGGCUUGUACUUUUGAAAAUUGCCCUCAAAUACAACGUAAAACAACGCAAAAACGGUAAAUUUACUUCCAACUAUAUGGCUAGCCCAAUCGACUUUGAAACGCAAAUUUCCCUCCGUAGAUAAGCCCCACUGAAUAUAUGCCCCUCCAAAAAUAAGCACCUCAAAAAGGGCCUUGGGAAAAUGUAAGCCCCGGGGUUUGUUUUCGAAAUUUUACGGUAUUAGCUUCCGAUGUAGGAUUAGAUGGAAGUGCAGGUGGGUUGUGGAACAAGACUUUCGUCGGAAUUUUCCGGUCAACUUUACAUGGUUUUUUGCCUUUUCCUCGGGUCUCCUUGACUGAACAGUGCUCAUUCUGGUAUGUUUGAAAUGAUCUCUUUAACCUGCGCAAGUUAAUAGCGGACAAAUUUGUCAUUGACCGCCAAAACUGAUGACGUCACAAGUGAUACAAGGGACGCAGUUACGGGCGGAACAGGGACAAGUGGGUUAAUUAUUAAUUAUUUAUCUGUUGUAAUUUGUUUGGUAUGAAAAUCAAUACCCUUGGUUAAUAAUCCUCAGAUCACAAAUAUAACCCAGCUUGACACCCAGCUUAACUCUAUGAUGGUCGCUAGCUAUCAUUUUAACGUUUCAAAUUUUACUUGUUCCUGAGUUGCAUAACGUUUUUCCUCUAAACCUUGCAGGCAGCCCAAAGUGAAGAUGAAGAAGAAGGUGAAAAAAUUUACUACAAAGGAAAAUUUUACUCUCUGUCCAGCAACCAGCGAGAAAUUAAAGUCGCCAGAGAUACGUGGGAAGAAAUAAUCAGCAGUAGAUACAAUCACCAAGGUAAUGAGGAUGGCUCACUGUCAGAUUCCCUGAAUGACAGGCUCCAGGACAAGAGUUUGCCGCAGGAUAUUUUGGACAUUGUUGACUACUGGAAACUAAGGAUUUCAGCUGGCCCUUUGACACAUUAUGGAGUGCGUGAAGGAAGAAGGAGAAUGGAAUCGAAAUUUGAGUGGGGCCUUGGAGAUUGCAGGUGAGCUCAGUAUUUUGUAGGUCGUACAGUAUGACUUGAUAGUUUGUCUUCGGACAAAGUAAUGGUUGUACUGUGCAAUGUGGUCCUAACUUUUGAAUUCAAGUAUGACCUUGGAAAGGGUGGCCAUUCAAAUUAAAGCUUUUGAGCAGUGCCUUCCUGUGGUACUGUUUAUUGUGCGUCAAGAGGUAGUUUUACUUUUGAGUUUGUGGAUGAAAUCCUAAAGUGUGACCAUUCAACUGAAAGCUUCUGAGCAUUCCUUUCAUGUGUUACUUUUUAUUAUGCUGUACAAGGUGGUUCUAAUUUUUGAGUUUGUUGAUGAAGUCCCUCUCGGGGAGCUUGUCCUUACUUUUUACCUAUGUUUGACACUUCAGACUUGCUGAAUCGUAUUCCCAGCUGGUAAAGUAUUACUUAGAUAACACCACAGAUGUGGAUAAACGACUCAACUGGCAAGUUAAGAAAAUCGUUUGGAAAGGUAAGGAGUAAACAGUCAUCUUUUAGAUAAGUAUACAGUAUGUAUGUUUGAUUCUGUAACUCUUAUUUAGGUUAACUGUUCUUGCUAUGCUUGAAUAUACAAGGUGUGCGAUGUUGAAGUUUUAGGUUAAACUGCAGUGCAUCAGUUUACUUUCACGCACCCGAAAGCGCGCGAGUCUCUAGGCUCGACACACGUGCCUGUUCCGACCCUCUUUGUCCGUUAUCACACUUGUCUUAGAAGUCUGGCUUGAGGACCGUAUACGUUCGAACAAAAGACUAACGACUGUAUUGCAGUCUAAGGUGUUACUGUUAUUCUGAUUAAAAAUGAAGGAAGUAUUACAGAAAAAAACUUGUGAUGUCAUAGACGACGAUUUUUAAUAAUAAUAAUAAUAAUAACAAUAAUAAUGACAAUCUUUAUACAAGAAGCUCACUUCACAAAGAGUGAUAUUCACUGACGCCCUGUAAAACAAUAGAAAAAUAAAUGAUCUUAGAUAAAUCAAUACGUAAUAGUAAUGAUAAGUAAAAAGUUAAGAACAAAAAUUUAACUAAUAUAAGCUACAGGUUAAAAAUGUUAAAAUGUCAGAUAGAUUAAAAUAAAAUAUUAAAGGCUGUAAAUGUUUAAAAUAUACAGCUUUUACUGCUCUGUUUAAAAAGAAGAAGAGCGUUAAUUUCUUUAAAAGAUGCGUCUAAAAAGUUCCAUUCCUCAGCGCAUUGAUAAAAAAGUCUCUGCUUUCCGAAAUUCCUUUUCACGAGAAGAAGACAGUAUGUUUGUGUUAAAACCCUGCAACUUGAAAUAGCCUGCGAAAACAUCCGUUUCUCAAGAGCGAGGAGAAACGGAUUUUUUCGCAGGCUAAACUUGAAAAGACGUCAGAACGUUUUAGAAGACAGUUUAGACUCGUGGUAUUCCCAAAAAUUAAUAAUAAAAAAUUUGAGAUCGAGAAAUGGUACUUUUACAAAAGGUAAGGUCGUUUGAUUGUUUUCAUUUUUCCUCUUGUAACUACUGCGGACUAAGGCUCAGUUCAUACGUCGUGCUUCUGCCAUGCCGACUUAAUUUGUGAAUAAGUUUGACAAAAGCACUGCGGAAGCACGACGUAUAAACUGGGCCUAAAUUUCGGCGGAAAAGUGAUCUAAAAUGUAUAACCGGUCUGGGUAACGCCCGUCAAAGGCUUAGUUUGGGGGUAACUGGCUCCAGGUCAGGGAAGUCUGGUUUAAAACGCUGACAUAACUGUGUAAAGUCGAUUUUCUAUGCAACAUUUAGUUUUGAAACAUUUGCAACUCUCCGCUAAGGCUAAGUGUUUAUUUCACGUUCAGUGAGCGCUAUUUUUUUGCAGAUGAAGACAGGCACAGAUUAAAUGCUGGUGGAAGAAUUCUUUUGAAGAAUCAACACGGGGAAAUUAUAACCGCUAAGUACGUCGUUAUUACUGUCCCGCAGUACAAUCCUCAAAGAUGGGGACAUCACUUUUGUUCCAGAACUUCCCGCUGA